CUUCAUUACAAGAUCUCUUCCCUAUUGCUUAUCUCACUAUGUCUUCAUCUCCUAAAAUCCAAGAGCUCAAGAAUGGUUUCGGAGUUGAAGUUGAAGGGCUUGACCUCGAAGUAGAUGUCAGCGACGGAACUGCUUUUUUCAUACAAGAGCUCCUCGCGAAGUUUGGCGUUGUCGUGAUUCGCAAAACCAACUUAACAGACGUUGCCCAUGUUCAACUAGCUCGAAAGUUCGGAGAGCUGGACGAUGUAAAGCCAUAUAAUAAAGCUGGUCGUAACAAUCGCCUGAAAUAUGACGAGCUAUUUGACGUUGGAAAUAUCGAAUCAGAUGGUACCCUGGUCAAACCUACAAGCCCACGAGCUCAAGCCAAUAGAGGGAAUAGCCUUUUCCACGUAGACAGCAGCUUCAAUCCACGUCGAGCCGGAUAUUCCCUUCUCCUGGCACAUGAACUUCCCCCGCCUGGCACGGGAGGUGCAACCGAGUUCUGCGAUACGAGAGCGGCAUGGGACGACCUACCACGUAAUUUGCAAGACUAUCUCUUAAAGAACGACUAUGUUGCGUGUCAUUCAAUUCUUCACUCAAAGAAACUUGCUGCACCGGAGCAUUUUGCAGCAAUUGAACCUGCAAACUACCCUAUGGGGCGUCACAAAUUAGUACAGCUUCAUGAGCGAUCAGGGCGCAUGAACUUGUACCUGGCCAUGCAUAUACAUCAUAUUGAAGGCCUGGAGCCGGGAAGGAGCCAGGAUUUAUUCGAAAGGCUCUUCCAGCAUGCUACGCAAGAAAAGUACCGGCUGACCGUGGACUGGUAUGAUGCUGGCGACUUGGUUAUAUGGGACAAUACUUGCACGAUGCACAGAGCAAUGGGAGGUGAGUUCUCAUAUACGUAUCGAAGAGAUAUGAGGAGGGCAACUGUACAUGACGAUAGUAGUCAAGCAUGGGGACUUAACGAAAAGACCGACAUUAGACAGGGCCUGCCAUAG